AUGCCCGGGGAAGGCUCCACGCUCCGGGGACGCAUCAGGAACCUGCUCCGGUCCAACAACAACAAGAGGAAAGAGUCUCUGAACAGCCAGGUUACACUAGAGCGAGUACUGGGAGUCACGGCAACAGGAAAUAGCGGUUUGACCUCUGACCCCUGCUCCGGUUUGGUGGCGUAUCCAGCCGGGUGUGUGGUCGUCCUGUUGGAUCCUCAGAGCGGCCGACAGCAGCACAUCAUCAACACAUCGAGAAAGACCAUCACAGCUCUGUCCUUCUCCCCGGAUGGAAAACACCUCGUCACCGGAGAGUCUGGACACUUACCUUCCGUGCGGCUGUGGGACGUGGCACGGCGCCAUCAGGUGGCCGAGCUGCAGACGCACAAAUAUGGAGUUUCCUGCGUGGCCUUUUCACCGAACGGGAAACACGUCGUCAGUGUGGGGAACCAGCACGACAUGAUGGUGAACGUGUGGGCGUGGAAGAAAAACGUCGUGCUGGCUGCAAACAAAGUGUCCAGCAAAGUGACCGGAGUGUCGUUCUCUGAGGACGGCUCGCACUUCGUCACCGUGGGCAACCGACAUAUUAAAUUCUGGUAUUUGGAUCAGUGCAAAAGCAACAAGUCCAGUGCUCCGGUCCCUCUGCUCGGACGCUCGGGUUUACUGGGCGAGCUCAGGAAUAACUUCUUCAGUGCGGUGGCGUGUGGGCGUGGCUUAAAGUCUGACUCCGCCUUCUGCAUCACCUCGUCCGGCCUCCUCUGUGAGUUCAGCCACCACAGGACGCUGGACAGAUGGGUCGACCUGAGGACAGGUGCUGCUCACUCCCUGUGCGUCUCGGAGGACCUCGUUUUCUGCGGUUGUUCCGACGGCACAGUCAGAGUCUUCAGCUCCGCAGACCUGAGCUUCGUCUGCACCUUGCCCCGCCCACAAACCCAAAGUCCUCACAGCUCCAGUACAGACGCCCGUUAUCCUGAUGCUGUGGCGGUGACCUUUGACCCUGUUAGCAGCUGGCUCAGUUGCGUGUACAGUGACCACAGUGUGUUUGUGUGGGACCUGAGGGACGUGAACAGAGUGGAGAGGGUUCACUGUGCCCUGUACCACAGCGCCUGCGUCUGGGACCUGCAGAUGUUCCCAGAUGUUCCGUGUCAGCCCGGUUUGUCGUCAGGUUCCUUCUUCAGCUGCUCCGCCGACAACACGGUUCGAAUGUGGCACAUCGACGAUUCAGUUCAAGCUCCUCUCAAGUCGAAAAACCUCAACCUCCUGAACAUACUGUAUAUUGAUGAAAACACGGCUCCCCUGGUGGAUUCAGAAAGUACUGCAACUGCUACUCCAGAUAAAACCGGAGAAGGGCCGAGCGCAGAGAACAGAACGGGCAUCCGGGUUAUCUCUGUCCGUCCGGAUGGAAAGCACCUCGCGUCUGGAGACCGCAACGGCGUUCUGAGAGUUCAUGACCUGAGCAGGAUGGAGCAGAUUCUUAAAGUGGAGGCCCAUGAAGCUGAGAUCCUGUGUCUGGAGUUCGGCCAAACAGACACAGGUGUGACUUUUCUGGGCUCCGGGAGCAGAGAUCGUCUGAUCCACGUCCUGGACUCAGACUACAGCCUCGUACAGACUCUGGACGACCACUCGUCCUCCAUCACCGCGCUCAAGUUCACCGCCAAUGACGACAAAGUUGGGAUGAUCAGUUGCGGGGCAGAUAAGAGCAUCUACUUCCGCACGGCUCACGAGACUGAAGGGGGCGCUGUGUUUCGUCGUUCCCAUCACUCGGUGAGGAAGAGCACUCUGCACGACAUGAGCGUAGACCCGACCUGUCGAUACGCCGCGGUGGGCUGUCAGGACCGCUGCAUCAGACUUUUUGACAUCAGCUCGGGGAAACAGAGGAAGUCGUACAAAGGCUCUGUGAGUGAAGACGGGAGUCUGCUGAAGGUUCAGAUCGAUCCCUCUGGUCUGUACAUCGCCACCAGCUGCUCUGACAAAAACAUCAGCAUCUUUGACUUCUACAGCGGAGAGUGCGUCGCCUCCAUGUUCGGACACUCGGAGAUCAUCACUGGGUUGAAGUUCACCAACGACUGCAAACAUCUUAUUUCCGUCUCAGCCGACAGUUGUAUCUUUGUGUGGAGACUGGCCCCGGAGCUCACGCUGAAGAUGAGACGGAGGCUGCGGCAGCUCAAAGACGACCCCCGCGCGUCCAUACACCGGGCGGACAGCAGGGCAGAGCUGUACAGCGCUCUGCCUCUAGGGGGCGUCUCCUCAGAAAGUGACCACGAGCAGGAAGACGCCGCCACAGAAGAAGAGCACGCCGUGACCUCCGACAGCAGCCACGAAGAAGAAGAGGACGACACAGGCUCAGAUGAAGGACGCGACUGGGAGCUGAAAAAGCCCAGGGCGGUGACUCCGGAGCUGGGUAAACGUCCCCGUCGGCGCUGGUCUCACCGGGUCGGCGCUCUGGAGCUCAUGGUCAAGUCGAUGUUGGACUUGAGACAACUGGAGACGUUUGGGCAGAAGAAAAGCCCCGAAGACGCCCUCAGCCCGCUCCAGAACACGGACGGGAGGAGCAUGUGCAGCCUACACGACCCUCAGCUGGACGACAGAUCCCGGCGGCGCAGGGCGUGGCUCCGCUCUGAUUGGCUCUCUCACUCCAGGAGCACGCCAGACGCCAAAGAGGCUCCGCCCUUCUCCGACGACAGGGAAAGUGAUUACAGAGCGAAGGCGGCGUCCAGCAGGGGGCAGUGGAGAGGGAGGAGGAGUGAGAGUCAGGAGAGCCAAAGCCCCGACAGCGCCUGUUCUGUGGGAUACGACAGCAGAGAGUCCAGCCCCGACCACCUCCCGCACGAAGCGGACUCUCUGAACCGGGACAGCUCAGAGGAGGAGGAGGAGGAGCGGGGAGCAGAGGAGGCGCAGGUGUCUCCUCUCACGGUGAGCAGUGUGGAGGAGGCUCUCAGGGCAGUGACUGAAGACGACACGGACGACUUCACGAACAAAAACCAGCAGGAUCUGAAACACGGAGCGGCUGUGGAUGUUCGUGACGGCGGCUUCGUGUCCAGAGCUCAGAGCCCCGUCCCCAGACCCGGGCUCCCGUCACGCUUCCUGAGCAGAGGACAGAACAGCUCUAAGCCCCCAGUGUCCAAAGUGCGCCCCCUGAUGGAGAGCAUAGGUAACACAUGCAGCGAGGACGUCACAUGCUCCAGCUACACGAGUCUGCGGGCAGACGCAGACGGCGCUCCUCUCCUCCGGGCGCAGAAGAACACGACGCCCUCUGGUGGACACUCGUGGAGACUCUCCGUCCCUUCAGUCAAAGCUCCUCCCGCUCUGGACGCUCACAUCUGUUUAUAUAAAGCUCACUCUGUCCAGAACCUGCCGUCUCAGAUGUCUCCGGUGUCUCCUGCGCUCUCCAGUGACCACCGACCGAUCCCAAAACGACCUCAGCACCUGUUUUUGGACCGGCCCAAACCGUCCCUCCUCCUCACCUCCCCUCCCUCCUCUUCCUCGUCCUCCGUCUCCCCCGUCUCCCCUCUCCCCUCUCCCAGGACGCCCCGCUCCUACAUGAACCCCACAGCUAGCUCCAUCGCUAAAAUUAGCCGCUCGUUCUCUCUGGGUGACGGCCUGCAGCUCGGAUCGCCGCCGCGCUCGCCAGAUUUAACCAAAACAAAACCAGAUCCGUCUCUCGUGUCGUCUCCCGUGGCAUUUUCACCGUCCAAAAGCCCCGCUGCCACCGCCCCUCGACGCGCUUCUGUUACCUCCACGAUAGUCACACCUUCUCGGAUCCCGCAGCCCCAGUGGCCCCUGAGCCCGCGGCGCAGCCUGGUGCCAGAGGUGAGACCCACAGUGUACACAAAGAUCAGCACGACGCACGGAGCACAGGCCUCGGAGACGCCCGGACUCGACCCGACGCCAACGAAGCGAAACGCCAGCUCCGAAUGUGAGAGAGUGAAGGAGGCAAAGGAACAGCGCCCUCUGGUGGACGAGCAGCGCGGCAUGGCGGGUGUAGCGUCACAGAGAGGUGGAGUAAACGAUGAGCCCGUCACCGUGGAAACGUGCGGUCAGGUGGUCUCCGAGCUGCGGGACAGUCUGCGGAGGGCCGUCCACGCCUACACCGCGGUCGUCGGCAGCAGCACAGACUUGACCGAGGACCAGCGGCAGAUGAAGAGUCUCUUGGUUGAAGCGUUUGUUUCGAUAAAGACGGAGCUCGACUCUCUUCCUCUUCUCCCUCCUGUCCACCCCCAGAGAGAGCGCCCUCCGGUGGGCGGAGCAGAGGAGGACAACACCCUGGUCCUACUGGAGCAAUACUCACAGCUCCUGCUCCAGUCGGUCGAGAAGAAACUGAAAUACUGA